AUGGUCAGACUUACAGCAGACCUCAUCGCAGCUGCACCAUCCUUCCUCAACCCGCUGAAAGAUCGCGAAUUAGAUCUCAGAGGACAUAAGAUCCCCGUCCUUGAAAACCUCGGUGUUACGCGCGACCAGAACGAUGCGAUCGACUUGACAGACAAUGAGAUACGCCAUCUUGGCAAUCUCCCAAAACUACCACGUCUCAAAAUGCUCCUACUCGGUCGCAAUCGGAUCGCAAGUCUAGCGGAUUCCCUGGCAACCGGUAUCCCGAACCUUGAACGCCUCGUCCUCACACAGAAUCUCUUACAAAGCCUGAGUGAUCUUGAACCGCUCGCUCAACUAAAACGACUAUGCUUUCUUGUAUUGCAGGGGAAUCCAGUCACCCAACAACAACACUACCGCAGUUGGAUCAUUUGGCGGUGUCCAUCACUACGGAUUCUCGACUAUGCUAAAGUCAAACAAUCAGAGCGCACGGCAGCAAGGGAACUAUUCGGCAGUUCCCUUGAAGACAUGACACCGCUCGCUGCUCAAAUUGCAGGUACAAAAUCGAAUACGUUUGAUGUGGGGGGUGAGACGGCCAUGGGUCGGAUGAGUGAAGCCGAGCGACAACGUAUACACAGAGCGAUUCUCAGUGCAACAACCAUGCAGGAAGUGGUGAAACUUGAAAACAUGCUGGCAGAAGGACGUCUACCAGAUCGCGAUACAGUGAUGAGCCAUUGA